AUGUCUUCCGCACAGGUUAUUGACGUUACCCUUCCGGCCCUGCCCGCCGGCUGGGCUGCCGAUAAGGACUUCAAGGCUGUUGGCAAGCUCUCCGCCGCCACCCAGAGGAACCUCGAGCCCGUUGGUCCUCACUUCCUGGCUCACGCCCGCAGAAAGCGCCACCACCGCACCUUCUCCGAGGAUGAGCGCAUCCAGGCUCAGCAGAACGUCAAGAAGACCGAGGAGGACGAGAACGACGAGAUCUCCGAGGACGAGGACCCCAUGAUGCUCCAGAGAGAUGCCAAGGACUGGAAGAGCCAAGACCACUACGCCGUCCUCGGUCUGAGCAAGCACCGCUGGCGCGCUACCCCCGACAUGGUCAAGCGUGCCCACCGCAAGAAGGUCCUCCGUCACCACCCCGACAAGAAGGCUGCCCUCGGCGACCGCGACGAGAACGACAGCUUCUUCAAGUGUAUCCAGAAGGCCACCGAGGUCCUGUCCGACCCCGUCAAGCGCCGCCAGUUCGACUCCGUGGAUGAGGCUGCCGACGUCGAGCCCCCAAGCAAGAAGGCUAGCCAGAAGAGCCCUCAGAGCUUCUUCAAGCUGUGGCGCCCUGUUUUCGAGAGCGAGGCCCGUUUCUCUAAGAUCCAGCCCGUCCCUCAACUAGGUGACGAGAACAGUACCUUCGAGGAAGUCAACAACUUCUACAACUUCUGGUACAACUUCGACAGCUGGCGUACUUUCGAGUACCUCGAUGAGGAUGUUCCCGAUGACAACGAGAACCGUGACCAGAAGCGUCAUGUCGAGAAGAAGAACGCCAACGCUCGCCGCAAGAGAAAGACCGAGGACACUGCCCGUCUCCGCCACCUUGUCGACGACUGCGCUGCCCUAGACGAGCGUAUCAAGAACUUCCGCAAGGCCGCUCGUGCCGGCAAGGACAAGAAGCGUCUUGAGAAGGAGGCCGAGGCCAAGCGCAUCGCCGAGGAGAAGGAGAAGGCCCGCCUCGAGGAGGAGCAGCGCAAGAAGGACGCCGAGGAGGCCGCCAAGGCUGACCGUGAGAAGGCGAAGAAGGCCAAGGAGGCCGCUAAGAACGCCGCUAAGAAGAACAAGCGUGUGCUCAAGGGAUCCGUCAAGGACGUCAACUACUUUGCCGAGUCUGGCGAGCCUUCUGCCGCCCAGGUUGACUCCGUCCUGACCGACGUUGACCUUAUCAACGCCAAGAUCGACAACGAGGAGCUUGCUUCCCUUGCUGAGCGCCUCACUGCUGCGGGCAAGGACGCCGCCGCUGUCAAGAACGUCUACACCGAGGAGAUCAAGCGCCUUGUUGCCGCUGGCAAGGCGAAGGAGGGCGAGGUCAAGUUCUUUAACUAG